AGGGCGUGGGGUCCGGUGGGCGGGCCGCUGAGGGUCACUGGUUCACCAAACAACGGCGACCGAAGUCCUUCUGCUACUGGGCGGGCCAUCGGGCCCCCAUGGCGCCCGGGUGGAACGUAGUGCUCUUCAUACAGCUCCUGCUCAGCCCAGCUCUCGUGCGCAGCUCCAGCCCUCUCCCCCUGGUCCUCAACACGUGGCCAUUUAAGAAUGCAACCGAAGCAGCGUGGAGGACAUUAUCGUCUGGAGGUUCUCCCCUGGAUGCUGUGGAGAGGGGCUGUGCUGUGUGUGAGACAGAGCAGUGUGACGGCACUGUGGGCUUUGGAGGAAGCCCGGAUGAGUUUGGAGAAACCACACUGGAUGCCAUGAUCAUGGAUGGCACUACUAUGAAUGUAGGAGCAGUAGGAGAUCUUAGACGAAUUAAAAAUGCUAUUGGCGUGGCACGAAAAGUACUGGAACAUACGACACACACACUUUUAGCGGGAGAGUCAGCCACCAAGUUUGCCGAAAGUAUGGGGUUUGUCAAUGAAGAUUUAUCUACCAAUACUUCUCGAGCUCUUCAUUCAGAUUGGCUUGCUCAGAAUUGCCAGCCAAAUUAUUGGAGGAAUGUUAUGCCAGAUCCUUCAAAAUACUGUGGACCCUACAAACCACCUGGUAUUUUUAAGCAAGAUGGUUUUACCUAUAAAGAAACAGGCAAUAAUUACGGUCAUGAUACUAUUGGCAUGGUUGUAAUCCAUAAGAUGGGACGCACUGCUGCCGGUACAUCUACAAAUGGUAUAAAAUUCAAAAUACAUGGUCGAAUAGGAGAUUCGCCGAUACCUGGAGCUGGGGCCUACGCUGACGACACUGCAGGAGCAGCUGCAGCCACUGGGGAUGGGGACAUAUUGAUGCGCUUUCUACCAAGCUACCAAGCCGUAGAAUAUAUGAGAACAGGAGAAAAUCCAACCAUAGCUUGCCAAAAAGUGAUUUCAAGAAUUCAUAAGUAUUUUCCAAACUUCUUUGGGGCUGUCAUAUGUGCCAAUGUGACUGGAAGUUAUGGUGCUGCCUGCAAUAAACUACCAACAUUUACUCAGUUUAGUUUCAUGGUUUAUAAUUCUCAAAAAAAUCAGCCAACUGAGGAAAAAGUAGACUGCAUCUAAUCCAUCUUUUCUGUCAGCAUCUAUAUUUAAA